CGACAGUGUAUCCAUUUUCAGUGGAAAAGGCAAGAAAGGAGCAUGGAAAACAUAGAUGACAUGUGAGUCGGCAACCGAAGCCUUUAAGUUUAUAUCUUUGCCAAACGACCACAUUCCAUGUCACAUAGUGCCUGAAUUGGAAGAGUUUAUUUCGAAGCUAUACUCGGCAACCUCAGAACAUCGAAAAGUUAAUCAGUUACGGAAACAGCUCUUCUGCACUGGAAAUAGACCCUUACAUCUGAUUCCACCUAGCUCAGCUACACUCGCAGAACACUGUCUCCGAGCCGCAUAUCAAGCAUGCCAAAUCUGGGUUAGAUCGUUAGAUAUGCUUCAAUGUGCUCCCCUUCUCCAGGCUCUUGGAGUUGGACCAAACAAUAUGAAAUGUGGGAACCGGUUUGGUCAAAACUGA